GGCAUUAGGUCAACCUAGUCCCAAUCAGCCAGCAGGCCUCUGCACCAGGUGGUGUGGAUUCCAAUCAGCACUUGGUGGCUUUACAUUGAAGCUGCUGUGUGCACUGCAAGGCAGGGUGGAAAAGGAAGGCAAAUGUUUUGGGCAAACAAACUAUUGGGAGCUGCACAGAAACACUCACUGGAAGAGCAAAGAGGCUGAGGCCGUGCAGUCUCUAAACAGCCUGAACGACCAGAUCGCAAGCUUCAUGGUGACCACACCCAAGCCACUGGAGCAGGAGGAACACACCUAUCUUCCCCCUGAGAAGGAGACGCUGCAGAAGUCUAUGACCCUGAUGAGACACCUCCUUGUGGAUGCUCAGGCAAAAAUCCUAAAAAUGAUGGAUGACAACAAGCAGCUGGCUCAGCGCAUAGACGGGGCCAUUCAGUCGGCCAGCCAGGAGGUGACCAACCUGCGCUCGGAGCUGAGCGCCACCAGCCGCAGACUGACCGAGCUGGGGGCUGGCGACCCUUCCGGCGGCGUGCUGGAGAGCCUGCAGCACAACCACAACGACGCGUCUCCGCACACGAGGCAGAAGGUGCCCUCCACUGAGCUGUGCUACACCAGUGAAAUUAGCAGUUUAAUGGACUUCAACUCUCCUGAUGCCUCUCUGGACAAAGUCCUGCUCCGCGAGGAGGUGGCCCAGCUCCAGGAGGAGGUGCACCUGCUGCGCCAGAUGAAGGAUAUGUUGAGUAAGGACCUGGAAGAGAGCCAAGGAGGAUGCUCGGCUGACGUACUCUCUGCCACUGAGCUCCGCGUGCAGCUGGCCCAGAAGGAGCAAGAGCUGGACCGUGCCAAGGAAGCGUUGCAAGCCAUGAAGUCCGACCGUAAGCGCCUGAAGGCGGAAAAGGCAGACCUGGUGAACCAGAUGCAGCAACUUUAUUCCACGCUGGAAAGCCGUGAGGAGCAACUUCGCGAUUUCAUACGCAACUACGACCAGCACAGAAAAGAGAGCGAGGAUGCGGUGAAAGCUCUCGCCAAAGAGAAAGACAUGCUGGAGAGAGAGAAGUGGGACCUGCGGCGGCAAACCAAGGAAGCCACCGAGCACACGGGGAUUCUUCGCACUCAGCUCGACCUCAAGGAAAACCGCAUCAAGGAGCUGGAAGCUGAACUGGCAAUGAUGAGUAACUGUGUCAAUCAAAGAAUGGAGUACCGGGUGUUUGAGCGCAUCGGGGACAGAGACGUCUCUCCUAGGGUCAUGGCGGCCAAACAGUCGUUAGCCACCCUGACCAAGGAUGUGCCUAAACGUCACUCGCUGGCCAUGCCAACGGAAACGGUUGUCAACGGCAACAACCAGGAGUGGGUGAUGCAGGCGGACCUCCCCCUCACUGCCGCCAUCAGACAGAGUCAGCAGACCCUCUACGUUCACACGGGACAUCCCACCGACAGACAAGGUAGGAGGACGGGAUGGCGCCCCUCCUCUGCUGCCGUGAGAGUCGCUGCCGUGCGGUUGAGUCCAGGCCACUCGCGUCAGCCCUCCAUCAUCUCCGACGCCUCGGCGGUGGAUGGAGACAGGUCGUCCACGCCGAGCGACAUCAACUCUCCACGACAUCGGACUCACUCGCUCUGCAACUCCCUAGAAGAUCUGGAGGUGGCGAAGUGUAAGAAGAAGAAGGAGAAGAUGGGCCUGGGCUCUUUGUCACGGGUCUUUGCCCGGGGAAAGCAGCGCAAGUCACUGGAACCCGGUUUGUUUGAUGACUCAGACAGCCUCUCCAGCCCCACACGCCUCAGCCUCAGCCUGCCGGACGGCCCCGAGGAGCAGCUGGACCGCCUGCAGCAGGUGGAGCUGGCCCGGAGCACGCCCAUGUCCCAGUGGAGGGCGGGCACCGUGCAGGCCUGGCUGGAGGUGGUCAUGGCCAUGCCCAUGUACAUACGCACCUGCUCAGAGAAUGUCAAGAGUGGGAAGGUUUUAUUGGGGCUGACGGAUGAAGACCUGGAGCUGGGUUUAGGGGUCACCAGUUCGAUGCAUCGCCGUAAACUGCGUCUGGCCAUUGAAGAUUACAGAGAAGCUGAGGAUGGGAGAGGGUUGUCCAAGGCUGCCGACAUGGACCACCACUGGGUGGCCAAGGCGUGGCUCAGCGACAUGGGCUUGCCUCAGUACGCACAAGCGUUUCACACCCACCUGGUGGACGGACGCAUGCUCAACUCUCUGAGCCGCCACGACCUGGAACGCCACCUGAACAUCUCCAAAAAGAGCCACCAGGUCAGCUUGCUGCUGGGCAUCGAGCUGCUGCGCUCGCUCAGUUUCGACAAGGACGCACUGCAGGCCCGCCGGAUACAGUGCGAGCACCAGAAUGCGGAUCCUCUGGUUUGGACCUCUCAUCGUGUUGUCAAAUGGAUUAAAGAAAUUGACCUCAAGGAGUUUGCAGAAGGUCUGGUUAACGCUGGCGUUCAUGGAGCCGUCAUGGUGCUGGAUCCCACUUUCAGCAGCGACACCUUGGCGACAACGAUGGGAAUUCCCAGCAGCAAACACAUGCUUCGCAGACACCUUGAGGAAGAGGUGACAAACCUGAUUGGCCCCGCCAGGGCAGAAGCCAAACAGGAUUUUGAGCGUUCAGUUUUGGGAACGCCGCCGACUCCUCUUCGCCAAAACUCCCCGAGCAGGUCACCUGGGUCGGCUAGUCGACACACCGAUGAUGAAGGCUCACUGAGGAGGAGGGCUGUCAAGCCUCCAACAGGCUUCAGCCCAAAAGCACGCAACGGGCGGGACUUGAGUUGCCACAGCAGCUAUGGCUCGCUAUCUCGUGACGUCAGAGAGCAAACACCGCCAAGAACACAAGGGAGCCCCAUCAGGUCUUACGCCAACAUCGGGGUCACCAACGUCUGAAGUACUUUCUUUCAAAAACAAAAAGAGCCUUUUGAGGACAGAUUGCACAUACUUGUUUGUUCAAGUGUCUGUUUGCCAGACUCAUCAUGUGAGUUUUUUUUUAAAACGUUUGUUAACCCCAAAUAACAGGAACAAAAAAAGAUGACGAAUUAAAUCCUAAUUGAUUAUUUUUGUAUGUGUUGUGAGGACUAAUGAGAUUUCUAUAAUAGAUUUGUAUCAAACAGGGUACUUGACAAAGCAAGUCUUACACUAGUGUCAAUUGUUCAUGUCUUUACAGCGCUGCUGUUUGUGAUGCCUUGUCAAUGUCAGAACAAUUUACAAAAAAAAAAGUGGAGUUUGUCGAGUAUUUUCUAUGUUUGAUUGUCAAUUUUGCACACUGUUAUGUUUUACAUGGAAUUAUGUCAGACCCUCACUUGUUUGAUAAAAAUUUCAAAAAACAAUAACAAUCGAUCAAAUAAAAAUUAAUAUUUGCUCAUUAAAC